AUGGAGUGGAAGAUUCUCCUCUUUGCAGUCCUUGCGUGCGGCUUUGCGGUGGCUCUGCCUUUCAAUAGCAAAUCCAUCACUUACUCAAAACCAAUGUUGGACAAUGCUCAACCGGAUGCAGUCCAUAUUGGCAAUCACUGCAAUCAGACGUGUCAUGAAGAUGUGUGUGACUACGUUUGCGAUAAACGUAACUCUCCAUUCCACGUCUUCGGUAACGAUGAGAUUAACAAGUUCCCAAUUGUAACAGAUUUCGUUGGAGACAAAACUAAUUACUCGAUGCGAGAACUGGACAACAUAUUGUCAGAGAUGGAGGAGGAAGAGGAUGCAGAAGAGGAUGAGGCUGAGGAUGAGGAUGGGGGGCCAACUGACAUGGAUGCAGAGGGAUACACACCACCUGAUUUGGAAAUGGGUUUGAGUCCAUACGAUUUCGUUAUAGAGAGGGAGGAGUCACACAUCAAGGCAGAUGAUGUGGAAAAGCCAAAUAGUGAAAUUGCAGAAGACGCGGAUUCAGAGACCAAGGAAGCCGAAGUGGAGAGGCCGAAUGAUGUGGAACCAGCGGAGGACGCACAAAGUGGAGAAGAAACAAAGGGGAGUACAGUUGAAACUGUCACGCAAGUAUCGGACUCGAGCACUGUGGAAGGAAACGUGGAGAAAACAAAUGACGCAUUCACGGAAGAGACGGAAUCAGAAAGCGAGGGAGAUGGGAGUGAGAAGUUGGUGAAUACGGAUUCAGGAGAGGAAGACAUAGAACCUGAGGAAGCAGUGAGCGAGAAUCCUUCUGUUGGCAUCGCUACAGAAGGAUCUGACUCACAGGCCGAGGAAUCGGAGGAAGGUAAAUGUACCCCAGACGAUGAUGCCGACAUUGCGGUCAAGGAGGAAGGGCAGAAGGCGACAGACGAGGUUGAUGGAGUAGAGGUGAUGAAAGAGUCAUGUCUUGGUGCAGAUGAAGGAUGCCAUAGUGAUGUCAAAGUUAACUUGAGAGGAGAAGGGGAGCAUCCGUCACUUCUCGAUAAGAGGCUCUUGCACAAUACGAGCACGACAUCAGAUUUCGUCACAGAAUAA